CGCCACCAGAGCCUCAAGCUAUAUGGCCCGCAAGAACAAGCGCCAACAGCAGCAAGAAGCCACUCCGACUCCACCCGCCGCUGAAUCAUUUUCGGACAGCAGUUCCGAUUCCGCCCCGGAAGUCGCAGCCCCUGUCGCCGACCUCCCCGCGCCUAUUGCUCCUAAGCCCGCGUCGCCACCGAAGCCGACGCCAAAGCAGCCAAGCCCCAAGCAGCUGCCAAGCCCCACCAAUCAAUCCAGUCCCAAAGCUACAAGCCAGUCGGCCACCGAGAUCCUGGAGGCCAUGAACGGAACUAUCCACGUCAAGGUGCUGAGCGCCCGCAACCUUCCCACGAUGGACUUUGGCAAGCGUCAAGAUCCCUUCGUGCUGGUGCAGCUGGACAACUCGAGUCCAAAGUCCUGGGCGACUACAGACCCGGCUUUCCAAGGCGGUACCAAUCCGGAGUGGACCGAGCGAUCCAACAACGAGUUGGAGCUCUUCUACGAUGCCAAACUGCAAGACAAGGCUCUGUUGACCUUUGAAGUGUACUCGGAUGAGUCUGGCGACGAGCUCAUUGGUUCUGGUGAGCUCGACGUCACCAAUAUUGUGCAGUCGCAGUCGAAAUCCCCCACCCAGUUCACAAUCCGUCUAAAAGAUGUUUCGCGUGGCUCUGGCAACCGUGGGGAGGUCAACGCCGAGGUCUGGUUCGGUCCACCCGUGCGCAAGGCCUUCCGUGCCGCAGGACGCGCCUCCAAGCUCUUGGACGCCCGUGACGCCUUCGUGGGUACACUGUGUUCGAUCGUCUUCACGGUCUACAACUCCGUGUCCGGCUACUGCCAACUGCCGACGGACUUUGCGAAGAGACACCGCAAGUUGAGUGUGGCUGUGGCUGCGGUGCUGGGCAUCAUGGCUGCUGGAGCGCUCACUGUGUUCCUGGCCGUCGCUGUGCCCACGAUGCUGGUGGCUUUCUUCACGUUCCCGUUCUGGAUCCUCCCAUUCCUGACCACGUCGUUCUUCACGGCGCCACUGUGGAUUCCCAUUCUGCUGUUGGUUGGAAUGUUCCUGCUGUUUAUCGCCACGUUUGUCUUCGGACUGGGAGUCACGUCGCGUCCUGUUCGUCGCAAAGGUGCGUUCAUCUCGAACAAGAUCAAACACUCGGACGUUGGGAAGCGCGUGGUCUAUGAGAAGACGCUGUAAGUGGCACACUGUGCACCACGAAGACUUGUGCUCCUUUAUCUUUUCCAGUGUAAUGUAGCGUGAAGCCAUUCGAUCAAUGAGGAAACCACGACAACAUUAAAACUAAAAACCAAA